CGGGCCUCCACCUGACUGGCAAAUUCUUCCCGUGGAGGACGAGCUUCCGCUGCAGAAAGCAACAGAGUCUUUAUAACUGGCUGAGGGAAGAGACAGACAUGAAGACUACGAAAUUAGGAACAGUAAAUGGGGAGUUCUUGAGAUAAUUUGCAUUACAGUAGAGGAGGUGCUGGAUGUCUUAAAAGAUACUGCCUGACUGGCUGUGUGUUUCCAUCAUUUUCUGAUUUUAUUUCAGCCGUGGCAGUUUGUAAAAAAAAAUUCAUUCAAUGGAUAGGAUGUCAACUCACUGGAAGAGUCCAGAACAAGAGGCCCUUAUUUAAGGCGUCACGCAGUUAAGACCAAUAAGAUGCAUGAAGGACAAGCGUUUGCUUAGAAGCAUUUUUGAAGAAAUGGCAACAAACGGCUCUACAUUUUGCCUUGGCACUUCGCAAGAAGAUCAAAUGCUGCCUUCAGAGCACGAAAGUCAGGUGAAACCCAAGCCACUUUUACUUAAGCUGUUGCGGUUUGCAGGUGCGCAGAAUGAAACAUUUACAGUAAAGGAGGUAAUGUACUACUUAGGACAAUAUAUAAUGGCUAAGCAAUUGUAUGAUGAAAAACAGCAGCAUAUCGUCCAUUGUUCAGAUGAGCUGCUGAGUCACUUGUUUGGAGUGCAGAGCUUUUCAGUGAAAGAACCACGGACAUUGUAUGCAAUGCUAUCAAAAAAUUUGACAUCUGUGAACCACAAAGAUUCUAUAAAUGAUCUCAAUCUUGGAAAGGAGAUUACCAACCAUCUUGGGGGUGAAGAUUGUCUUGUGACUGGAAGGCAAAAUGACGGGAAUGCAUGCACAUCUUGCAAUGUUUCUUGUUCUCCUGUUCCAGGCAGAAGAUCCAAUUCUGGUGACUCUGAUAAUGAAAUUUCGUCUGAUGAGCAGUUUUACAAUAGAUGUCGAAAACGACAUCGAUCAGAUAGCAUUUCCCUCCAUUGGGAUGAUCUGUCUUUGUGUCUGAUAAGCAAACUUCGUCGUGAACAUGGAAACAGCGAAUCAUCAGAUUCUCCAAGUCAUCUGGACUUUAAUUUUGCUACAGAAGGGGAAGACUCCAGUGAUAAGUUCAGCGUUGAGUUUGAGGUUGAGUCAAUACAUUCUGAAGAAUAUAGCAAUUUCAGUGAAGAUUCACAAGACCCAAGUGAUGAAGAGGUUUAUGAAGUUGCCAUUUAUGAAGCUGCUGACAGUGAUGAAGGCACCUUUAUUGAAGAAAUUGAUCCAGAAUUGUCUGUAGCUGAUUAUUGGAAAUGUUCCCAAUGUGAAGAGCUGAAUCCUCCGCUACCACGAUUCUGUCACCGAUGCUGGUCACUUCGCCAAGAUUGGCUUCCAGAUGAACCUAAACUUAAACGGUGCGACACAAUGGAGAAUGAAGGUAUAGAUGUUCCUGAUUGCAAGAAAUCAUUGCUCGAGUCAAAGGAAUCAAACUGUUCAGAUUUGAUCAGUGAAACUUCUCACUGCUCAGAAUCACAAGAAACUGAAUGCUCACAACCAUCUACAUCUGGAAGCUUCACCUGUUGCAGCCAGGAAACUGAAAAGGAAAAUGCUGACAAGGGAGACAAAGGAGAGCUCAAUAAUGUGGGACCUCUUGAAGCUUGUGUUAUAUGUCAGACACGACCAAAGAAUGGUUGUAUUGUUCAUGGUAGGACUGGCCAUCUUCUUGCAUGUUACGCAUGUGCAAAGAAACUGAAGAAGAGAAACAAACCAUGUCCACUGUGCAGAGAGCCAAUCCAAAUGGUUGUAUUGACCUAUUUUAGUUAAAUCUAUUUAUAAUUGGUGUGGUUUAACUUUGCAUAAGUCACACUGCUUUGCAGAAAAUUUGAGUGAACUACUACUAAAGUUGUGUACCAUAUAUUGUCAUGAUUUCCCACUAUUACCAUUGGUCUGAUGGGAAAACUUAGUCCAUUGGUGCUGCCAGAUAUAACCAAGCCAUAAUGAGGUCCAUGCUUAAGAAUGCAUUUGAUUUUUAAAGUAAAUUUACAAUGAAUUGGUCUUGGUUAAUUAUCAUUUCCAGGAAAGGUGAUCCUGUUGAGGAUAAUAAGAAAGAACAUUUUUGCUCUCUAUUUAAUUGGAUUAAACACAUUAAGAGUUCCAGUUUUAGUUUAUUUUUCUCAUUAUCUACAAAUUUAUUGUGUUUCGCUCAGUUAAAAUAAAUUCUUUAUAGAAAUGUUACAAUCAUCACUUUUAUUAACUAGCUCAAUCCAAAAUAAUAGCACAAGAACACACCCAAGUCCCCUGGUAAGAUGUUCCAUUCAGCUUAUACGCAUGUAUGGGAAAAAUUUUUUUGAACUUCUAUUUGUGUAGCCUCUUUCACACACCAAAACACUUCAUUUAUCAGUAAGGUAUUUUUGGGACUUAACUACCGUUAAAAGGGAAAUAUUUAUUGAGUGUUGAUGUAGCAAUUUUUGGUUAAAAAAGAAAGAGAUUUCCAACAGCAUUUAGUCUGUUUAUAAUUCACUGGAAAAAGGCAUCUCUGAAAAGUCUCAUUCCUUUUUUGUUUAUUCCACUGAAUGGCACUACAACCUAAAAAUCGCCUCAAACUAAUAACAUUUCAAGUGAUGUUGGUAGAAUUGUAUAAUGAUUCUAACUGUGCAAAGACUGUAGGAAUUGGAUGACACCCAUAGGUUGUGAUUAAUUAGCUUGGAUCACUAUUACUAUGAAUAGAUUAUUUUACAACCUUAUUGCUAAAUGUGACAUUACCUCUGAAAAUUAUCAAGUGUAGAAAAAUAGUUGUCUUAUUAGUUGAAUACUACAUACGGCUGUGUACAUUUUUAGAAAUAUAGGAAACUUGCAUGUAAUUUACAGAAAUAGCACUACCUUUCACAAAGUGAUAAAUUUAUAAUUUCAAUGUCACAAAACGAUUCAGUUGAAUUACAAUACAAUUACAAAUAAGUUCUCCAAACAAUAAUAUGGUCAUGGGUUUACUUAUGCCUAUUCCUCAGACAUUUGGUCCAUUGAAGAUUAUUUAUUUAUAAGGGCUGUUUAAAAAUUGAAAUAUUUACUAAAUGACUGAUUAAUCAGAUAUUUUCACUUCUUAAAUUGCUGGAACUACACAGCAAGUAGGGGACAAUCUCUGAAGGAAGUAAUAGUUAACAUUUUGCAUUGACAAUCUUUCAUAGGUGAAUUCACGUCUUUGAAAAACCUAAUGUGCUACAGUGUUGGACUAAAGUUCUUUGAAACAAAUGGCUGUCCUAUUUGCAAUAACCUUGCAAGACCAUCAGCCUGAAAUAUUAACAGAAAUGAUUUGCAUUACAGAACUCCUAUGUUACAGAGAUUUGUUUUACCAUUCACAUUUAGCAAUAUGGUAGUUAUGGCAAGUUGGAGGAACCUGAAUUGGAAAUGCACUGCUGUUAACUAAUCUUGAUCUGAAAAAAGGAGAGGGGAAAUUAUAAGAACAAGAAAAGCCCAGGAAGGAAAAAAACACUUCAAAACACGGAAAGGAAGAAGAAUGAGUUUUAAAUUCAUAUAAAGAUUGACUUUCUCCAAGAUAUCUUUAAGUAAUACUGGCAUUCUGCUAAACUACAAAUUUUACAGAUCUUAAUUGUAAGCAAUUAGGCUUUUGAGUUUUGGCUCCACUUCUGGUUUUUUUGGGCUAUUUUUUGUAAAUUGGCAAGUUGUGUCCAUAUCAAAAAUCUAAAAAGCUGGGUAGUGGCUAAAAGAGUGAUUUGGAAACUCUGUGUAAUUGACUCUAGUGUACACACUGUUCAGAAGAGCCACCACCUUGGAAGGAAGGUGAAAUUAUGAGCAACCUGGUUAUUCCACUUCUGUCUGUGGGUAGAGAUGGAGCAAUUGAUGCUGUAUCUUAUGCAGCACAUCCAUAUUUUUUUUAAAAAGGCUUGUAUUUCAAGAGCUGUAGAAUCUGCCUCAAAUCCUGUAUCACACAGACAAUAUGGAUUGAAAAAUCAAAGAAUACCUAAUAUUACAUGCGUGUCCUUGUAAAUUGAGGCUACGUUGUAAUUAUCAGAUAAUCAAAUAAUUGUGGAGGCCAGCAAACAAAACAAAGCAUAAACAUAACAAUGCUUCUAGUACAGUGCAUUUACUGUUGCAGGUGCAGAAAGUCAACAUGUUUAGAUAAUUUGCAUCUCUUUGGAAGGAAUGCCAACCAAUUUACUUCCUGGUAUAUAGUCUCUGAAUUAGAGGCUUCUGUUGUUGACUGUUGCAAAGCCCAUGUAGUAUUAAAAGGGAAUAUUGCAUGUGUUGGCAUUUUAGACUUGAGGUGGAAGAAAAUUGCAAUAAGGGGAGUGAGAGCUCUUUUGCUAUUUUCUCCCAUCCUCAGCUGAAGACACAAUAAUUAAUUCCAAGUUUGAAAAUUUUCCAGUUUUCAGCUAGAAGCAUCUAUAGUAAUGACUAAUCCAGCUAUAAUGUAACCAACUUCAACUAUCUCUUUUGGCCUAUUAUACAAGGAAGAGCUUAGAUCCAUGUUUACUAUAACCGUUUGUUAAAAUAAAGUAGAUUGGAUGCAUAAAAGUAAGAGAGUGUUAAUGAACCAUUGCAAUCCAAAACAGCUUGGUAAAAGUAGCUUCUGUAUUUUUCUUAAGACUACUUUGACAAAAAGUUUAAUAAUUUUCUUUGUUGAGCAGUUACCUCUCCAAUUUUUCUUCUCCUAGUGGAACUGCUUUACAGCUAUGGUCAAGGUGAAAUUUCCACAAGUGAAUUUAAAACAAAAAUGGUGAUCUUUUCUAGAAAAGGUUUGGUUAUUGAAUGUCUAGAAUGCAAUUUAAUAUUUUAAAAUAUAACUUCUUCCAAAAUAAACAUAGGUUAAAUAUGUUGGAGUGUCAAAAUGUAUUAAUAAGAUAAUUUAUAUUCUAGAAAUGUGCUCAUUGUUGUAUAAUUUGUGUGGGUUUAGAAAAUACAAAGUUUCUACACUGUUUAAAAUAUUAAUAUAAAACAUACCAAUUGAAUAUAGGUUGUCUUGCCUUUGUAAAAAUAAAGAUGCUAUUUAAU